AUGUCUGAGAACAACAUUCACCCGCCCGCGCCCCACGUCGCGGCCGCACCAGCCCCCGUCGCGCCCGAGCAGCCAGUGCAGCAACCUGCAUCGGUGACGGCGACUGCGGCUGCUGCCAGCGCGGCUGUCAACAGCCCCUCAUUGAACGGCGGUGGCGAGCAACUGCCCUGUCAAUGGGUCGGCUGCAGCGAAAAGUCCCCCACUGCGGAGGCUCUCUAUGAACACGUCUGCGAGCGCCAUGUUGGCCGCAAGAGCACCAAUAACCUCAACUUGACCUGCCAAUGGGGCACAUGCAACACGACCACAGUCAAGCGGGAUCAUAUCACCUCUCACAUCCGCGUGCAUGUGCCCUUGAAGCCGCACAAGUGCGAUUUCUGCGGCAAGGCCUUCAAGCGGCCGCAGGACUUGAAGAAACAUGUCAAGACUCACGCCGACGACUCGGAAAUCCGGUCGCCCGAGCCUGGCAUGAAGCAUCCCGACAUGAUGUUCCCCGGCAAGCCCCAAGGCUACGCUGCUGCUGCUCAUCACUACUUCGAGGCCCCUGUCAAUACCGUAUCGAGCCAACCAUAUACGCAUGGCGCGCCGCACUACUAUCAAGCGCAUCCGCAGCACCCGCCCACUAACCCGCAUUCUUAUGGCAACGUAUACUACGCCUUGAGUCAAGGCCAGGACGGCAAUACCACGUACGAUCGCAAGCGCGGUUACGAUGCAUUGAACGAGUUCUUCGGCGAUCUGAAGCGGCGCCAGUUUGACCCGAACUCUUAUACCGCCGUCGGCCAACGCCUCUUGGGUCUACAAGCGCUUCAGCUUCCCAUAUUGAAUGGUCCCGUGGCCGAAUACCAGCCGAUGCCUGCCUCUGUCGCUGUUGGUGGCGGCGGUGGAUAUAGCCCUGGCGGCGCCCAAGCCCCUGCGUAUCACCUGCCCCCGAUGUCGAAUGUGCGGAGCAAGAGCGAUCUGCUCAACAUUGAUCAGUUCCUGGAGCAGAUGCAGAACACGAUCUAUGAGAGCGAGGAGAACGUGGCUGCUGCGGGAGUUGCCCAACCCGGUGCGCAUUAUGUGCAGGCAGGAAUGCACUAUCGGGCUACCAACUCCCCGCCCACGCAGCUCCCCUCCAGCCAUGCGACAGCCACCACGCCGGUUGGGCAGAUGAUGGCCGCCGCUUCUGCUCACUCUCCUUCCACUGGCACUCCUGCCCUGACUCCGCCCUCCAGUGCGCAGUCUUACACGUCCAGCCGCUCUCCCAUGGAGAUGCCCAGCACCCAUCGUGUUUCGCCUCCACAUGAGAGCGGUGCCAACAUGUACCCCCGACUGCCUUCGACCUCCAUGUCGGACAGUAUGACCGCAGGCUACCCAACCUCGUCGGGCGCAGCACCGCCUUCGACUCUCGGCGGAGUUUUUGACCAUGACGAGCGCCGUCGUUAUACGGGAGGUACCCUGCAGCGUGCCCGCCCAGCUAGCCGUCAAGCCUCAGAGGACCGCAUGGAUACCUCUCACGACAGCAAGAAGGACGGUGAGCAGACCCCGACCGCCAAGCGCGCCACUCAGUUCUCGGAGAGCUUGAUCGAUCCCGCUCUCCAUUCGAGCACGUCCCCGGACCCGGAUCACGAAGCCGCCCAGCGGACCGCUCAGGCAGCCACGGAGGUUGCGGAACAUGAUGUCAACGUCGCGUGGGUGGAAAAGGUUCGCUUGCUGGAGAACCUGCGCCGCUUGGUGUCGGACUUGUUGGAGUCUGGCAAGUACGGUGCCGAGUCGCCCAGCCACAGCUCGAGCGGAUCUACAUCCGCCGAUGUCUCCAUGGCCGAGGCUGCAAGUGCUCGGGCAUCCCCUACGCCUGAGAAGAUGGAGGAGCCUAGCAAGCCCAUAGGGGAUGCAAUUCUCUACCCAACACUUCGGGGUGUAGAUGAGGAUGGGGAUGCCAAGAUGCCCGGCGACGAUGCCUAA